AUGGAAACAAAUUCAAAUGUAUUGAAAUCAUCUGAAGUAAAAGCUCAUGUUUGUCAUACUGAUAUGAAUCAAUUAAUGCAAAAUGAAAUCAUUUCUAUAUGUUUAAAAUUUUGGAAUUUAAAUCAACGAAAUUUAGAUAGUACAGCAUAUAUUAAAAGAACAUUGGAUAUAAAAUAUGGACCAGCAUGGCAUUGUAUUAUAGGUGAUGAAUAUAAUAGUUGUGUUACACAUGAUUCACAAUAUUUUCUAGACUUUAAAUUUGAGAAGAAAUCGUUUAUGGUUUAUAAAACUAGUUUAUAA